AUGCUAACCCACAUCUCUUCUACAACCAGCAUUUCUGUCUCCAACUUGACUCUCACAUUCAUUCUCUUGUCUACUUGCUACCAACAUCUCUAUCUGUUCAAGAACAGUGGGAUAGUCUCAAAACCAAUAUCAUCCAUUUUAUCUGCUCUUAUUGCUGUUGCCCUUGCUGCAACCUUACUACAACAGAAGCCCAGUUGCAGACCUUCUAUCAUGACCGAUUCCACAGCUGCAUUUUAUGAAGAUUUGUAUUUCCCUAAUGACAUUGAGCAAUCCAUUGUAGAUGACCUUCUAUACAUACGAGAAGGUGCACAGCAGUCUCCUUCUACCAGCAGUCCCGGUCCCAACAGGAUACCCUAUGAAAUCCUUUGUCUCCUUUUUGACUAUUCCGCGUGUGCUCAUAUCUUGGAAAAGCUGUACAAUGACGCUCUCACCACUGGAGUUUUUCCUGCCUCCUGGCAAUCUACCUGUCUCUUCUUGCUACCAAAGAAAGGAGACCUUACAUGUUUGAAGAACUGGCGACCUAUUGCCUUGAUUAACACUGAUGCAAAGAUUUUUACUUGA